UUGAAGCAUUAUCAUGGCUGCCACUUAGGAACCUUCUUAGGCAACAAAAGACUAUUGGACCUCAGCCUUGUUGUCAAACAGGUCAGUCGGUGGUUAUUUCUGGACUCACGUAACUUUAAUGGUUAUCUUCACAUUAACAAUCCGUUUAUAACCCAUUUAUAAACCAUGCACACACUCCCUUGUUGGUAGCACCUCUUAGUGACCCUAAUACUCACCAAUACAUUUGAUGCGUUUGUGUGUGCACGUGCACUCACCUGUGAAAGAUUGGGUACCUGUGGGAGGCCGCGCGGGCAGCUGGGAUAGGAUGUGACGUCGUUCGUUAAUCCUCUUAGUUUAAUUAAGCUGAACCAGCAGGCCCCCACACUGCAGCUCCUCUCACAGCGGAGGUUUCACAGAUCGGUCUGAUUGUGUGAGAAGUCAAACGGAGGCUGUGGGAGGAAAAGCUUCGGAGCAUAAAACAGUUUGAGGACAGCUGGAGGUGUUUGUCUGCUGCACGAUGCUGCCUCGGCGGAUGCUGUGGGGCGCUGCGGUGCGGCAGGUCGCUCCGCGUCUGACCUACAGCACUGCAGCACGGCCGCAGGAGAAGCCAAAGAAGACCAAAUUUGGCCCUCUGAGUGACCAAGACCGGAUAUUCACCAAUUUAUAUGGCCGGCAUGAUUGGAGACUGAAGGGCUCAUUGAAACGAGGAGACUGGUAUAGGACUAAGGACAUCUUACUGAAGGGACAAGACUGGAUCUUAAAUGAGGUGAAAGUCUCGGGGCUUCGAGGCCGAGGAGGAGCCGGCUUCCCCACCGGCAUGAAGUGGAGCUUCAUGAACAAACCCAGCGGCGGCAGGCCAAAGUACCUGGUGGUGAACGCUGACGAGGGGGAGCCGGGGACGUGUAAAGACAGAGAGAUAAUGCGUCACGACCCCCACAAGCUGAUAGAAGGCUGUCUGAUUGCUGGGAGAGCCAUGGGCGCUCGUGCCGCAUACAUCUACAUCAGAGGAGAGUUUUACAACGAGUCGUCAAAUCUACAGGUGGCGAUCAUUGAGGCGUACAAAGCUGGGCUGAUAGGGAAGAACGCCUGCGGCUCUGGGUUCGAUUUUGAUGUGUUUGUGAUGCGCGGGGCCGGAGCCUACAUCUGCGGGGAGGAGACGGCCCUCAUCGAGUCUCUGGAGGGGAAACAAGGGAAGCCCAGACUCAAGCCGCCGUUUCCUGCAGACAUAGGGGUGUUUGGAUGCCCGACAACAGUUUCCAACGUGGAGACGGUUGCCGUGGCGCCUGCGAUCUGUCGUCGAGGCGGAGCUUGGUUCGCCAGCUUUGGGAGGGAGAGGAACUCUGGGACGAAGCUGUUCAACAUCUCCGGGCACGUGAACACACCGUGCACGGUGGAGGAAGAGAUGUCUAUUCCUCUGAGGGAGCUAAUAGAGAGACAUGCAGGAGGAGUGAGGGGCGGCUGGGACAAUCUAUUAGGAGUGAUCCCGGGGGGGUCCUCCACUCCCAUCAUCCCUCGGCACGUGUGUGAUGAUGUCCUGAUGGAUUUUGAUGACCUGGUCCGUGCAGAGACCGCACUGGGAACUGCUGCCAUCAUCGUUAUGGAUAAAUCGACUGAUGUGAUCCGAGCCAUCGCACGUUUGGUGGAGUUCUACAAACAUGAGAGCUGUGGCCAGUGCACCCCCUGCAGGGAGGGAGUCGACUGGAUGGACAAUAUGAUGUGGAGGUUUGUUCGAGGGGAAGCAGCAGCUUCAGAGAUUGACAUGAUCUGGGAGUUAAGCAAGCAGAUCGAGGGACACACCAUCUGCGCUCUGGGGGACGGAGCUGCCUGGCCGGUGCAGGGACUGAUCCGCCACUUCCGGCCAGUCAUGGAGAGCCGCAUCGCUCAGUAUAACAAGAAAAACCCUCCCAGAGAGCCGGUGAUUGAGAUGAUCUGAAACUGUGCAGGGCUACAUUUCAGCUAUCAGUCCCUUAUAACAGUUAUAAUUGCUAAUUAUGUACAUUCUUUUUAAACAUAGUUGUAAAAUAUUCCUGUACUUACAAGGCUUGCAAAGUUGUACUUCUUAAAAUUAUAUUUCUUCCAA